AGAAUCAAAAUGUCUUCACCCAAUGAUGACAUGGAAAUGGAAAAGAUUGCGGAAGACGAAUUGUCGAAGUUACAGCGGCAGUUCCGAGUAAUGGAGAUUGACAGGGCAAAUGUGACGAGCAGCGUGCAGCCGACUCUACGCGUUCAAAGGAAUAUCAUAAGUUCCCUCACCACGGAGUUAGAUAACAUUAUGACGGAAUUACGGCUAACAAAAAGUACGUCAAAUGUCAUGGAAAAUGCCAAAACAAAGGAGAGGAUAAUAAUUCUUCUAAAAGAAUAUGAGAAAAGCUCUGCAGAAGUAAAAGAGCACAGAAAUAUGAUCACCGAACUGGAUUUUCUCUUGAAACAAGUGCAGAAGGAGAUUAAAGGCUUGAGAUCAAAGGGUGUUGGGUUUGAGAAGGAUAACAUAAUAACAUUGACAAACCAAACCAUCACAAGCCAACUGGAGAACCGCCUGAACACGGCCAUGAAGAAGUUCAAUGCUGUGAACAGCGACAACUACUGCAUGAGGCUCGAGAUCGAUCGCCUUCUGCGUGACCGACAGUUCUUCAACGCGAUGUGGAAGGGACAGAUAAAAAGACUCAUGGAAGGUAAGGCACAGAUCCUCGAGCUGGUGGAACAGGCCAUCACCACCUACCACCUGAGGGAGGAGUGGUGUGCCAAGCUGGAUGCUUUGAAAGAAAAAGCUGCUAUGGACUACAGGAAACAUUGCUUGGAGGUGCGAGAACUCCAGCGUCAAUUGGACCACAGUAUGAAGCUUGAAGAGUUCCUCCGAACUAAGGGAACCGUCCGCCUCACAGCGGCCGACGUUAAAGCCGAAGCUAAGAAACUUGAGCAACAGGAACAAGAAAUACGCGCCUACAACAAUUACGUCAAUAUACUGGAUGCUAUUAAGGAGUAUGCAGGCGAAGAUGAUGUCGACAAACUGAUACUAGAAUUUAACCGUCGUGAGGAAGAAAACUACGCUCUGUUCAACUACAUUAACGAAGUUAACACUGAGCUCAAACACCUGAGCGACAAUGUGAAGAUGCUCAAGGCUAAUAUCGAUGAGGAACACGAAAAGCAUCAAGCUAAGCUUUACCAGCAGCAAGAUAGUAUUGAGAUGCUAAGAGCGGUUCUGGAGGAACGUCAAAAAGCGACUGAGAGCCUUCAGAACAUUUACAAUAAAACUCAUCAAGUUUUAUCUGGUUUGCUGCGGGAAGUACAAGUUCUAGCCAUGUCAUCUGAUUGUGAUUCUCUACCUUUACUGAAGCUGUUGGGUAAAUCUCUUGAUAUAAAUACAUCGAACGCGCGUCUGUACAUCAAGAGCUUAGAAAAGAAGAUCUUCGAAAUGACAGAGUUGAUAAAAUAUGAUGAGUAUAUGCAGUACGCAGAAAGCAAGGAGCGAACUCCGCCUGCUUCGCGCCGACGACGUCGCGCACCGCCCGCUUAA